GCAUAGCCCAUAGGGUAUAAAGUCGGUAAUAUAAAUAUGUGGUCAGAUGUAGCAAAUCAUUUUCCAUCAUUUUUCAUUUUAUCAUUCAACAUAGUAUAACCUCCCCUAUAUUAAUAAGUAAAAGAAAUUAAGAGAGUAACUAAUCUAAGUUUUAAUUAUAUUUAUUAUCAAGAAUAUAAUAUGGCAGAAGAAUAUUGUGGAGCAACAAACUGGUGGGAUUCUACACCAUCUAACAGAAGUAGGUUCGACGGCGGCGGUACUGGCGGUGGUGGUGGUUCUUCUACAACUUCCUCCACCACUACGCUUACGAAUACCGGUGAUGGGCCUGGAUUCGGGUGGUUAACUGAUGGGCCUACUCCGGUGGAUACUAAGAUGGACUCUACAUCACUUCAACUUGUGGGCCUAGGCUUGUCUUCUCAAGCCAUGGCAGAGUGGAACCAGGAACCUGCUCUACUUCGAAAUCCAGAGAAAGCGGAUAAUAGUUUUAGGUCUAUGCUACAAGAAGGCAUGGGUUUAAACACAAACUUUCAGCAAGAUGCAACCGGAGGAGGAUUAAUUUUCGCAAGUAAUAGCAAUAAUAAUAAUUCAUCGCAAAUUAAUCAAAGAAGAGAAAAAUUAUUUGAAGGAAACGAAGAUUUAAGCCCGGAAUUUAAACAAAUGGGGCGCGGAUUUUCGUUGGAUAGUCAACAACCACAAUUUUCCCCAAGUGGUAGUUCAAUAGAAAGCACAAUAACAUGUCAAGGGUUAGCUCCACCUUCAGGAUUUCAGCACGAUUCGAGUUCAACAAGCUCGGUUUUUGGUAGUCCAUCAAGUAUUCUUCAAGGGUUAAUGGGUGGUCCCGAUCAACAACACCAACAACACCAACAACAAAUAAAUAGUAAUUUUCAACAUAAUUAUUUUGGUAAUGAGCAACACCAUCAUCAAGCACAAUUGUCAUCUUCAUGGGCAAAAGUGCCGCAAUUUCUUAGAGCGUCGUCUCCAAAACAACAGCAGCAGCAACAACAACAACGACAACAAGAGCAACACCAUCUUCAAUUUAUCAAUAACGCGGCUUAUUGGAGUGGAUCAGCUUCAUUAAAUGAAGUGAGGCCUAAUUUGUUCUCAUCGUUGCAGGGCGCUCAAUUGCCUACCAUGCCUACCUUUGAAGAAAAACAAAAGACUACUAUGGAGGUAAGGGAUACAAAUUCAAUAGUGAAAAAGAGUAAUUCAGAGAAUAAUACUAAAAGAACCAGGAAUGAUGGUGCUUCAUCAACUUUACCACCAUUUAAGGUAAGGAAAGAGAAGAUGGGGGACAGAAUCACUGCUCUUCAACAAUUAGUUUCGCCUUUUGGAAAGACUGAUACUGCAUCAGUCCUCUCUGAAGCCAUUGAGUAUAUCAAGUUUCUCCAUGAACAAGUUAGUGUUUUAAGCAACCCAUACUUAAAAAGUGGAGGCUCCUACCAUCAACAUCAACAGAGUAAUGAAAAGGCAAAGAUGGAUCCAGACGGUCCAAAGCAAGAUCUAAGGAGUAGAGGAUUAUGCUUGGUACCCGUUUCUAGCACCUUUCCAGUAACACAUGAAACUACUGUUGAUUUUUGGACACCUACAUUUGGAGGAACUUUUCGAUGAUAAAUCGAACGAAAAGAAAAAAAAAAAAAUCAUUGCUAGAACAUAUUCUUGAUACGAUAAUGAAAAAAGAGAAAAAGGGAAGUAUAUAUCUCAUUGAUGGAAUCUCCCUAUUCAAGUUGAAAGAUAGAGAUCAUUGGUCGAUUGAUGAGAUUGAUCAAUGAAAAAAAAAAGAUGAGGGAUUUGAUGACGUUAUUAGAAUUCAUCCAUUUGUUAUUUAGUCUGAUUUUUGUUAUUUUAAAUUUGCAGCAUUAAGAAAAAUUAAAGUGAGACUUUUUAGGGUAAUUAGCAAAUUCAAAAUGGCCUAGGGAUACAAACUGUGUAGCAUGUACUAGCAAGGACGGAAACAAUAAUGGAGGAAAACAAAUUGUGAA